AGCGGCAUGUAAGACACUAAGCAGGAAAGCAAAAGCACUGAGCCCUGGAGCAAUACGCUGCCGCAGCAGCCUUGGAUGUUGCGCACCGCUCUGGCUGGAUCUCGUGCGUCCAAACGCAUCGAACAAGAGCUCAUCUUUAAGGCGCUGGCCGCCGCCGCCUUGCAAGCUCUGACUCUCUGCUGCGCUUGGAGCGCGCUCCACAAGAAGAAAUGAAGCUCCCCCUCAUCCUCCCCGUGCCGCUCCUCGCGCCUGCAUUCGUGUCGAUUUUCGCGCCCAGAACCGCGCCGCCGCGCGUCGCGCCGCCGCCGCCCGAAUCAGCCCAGCCGGCCGACCUCGACCGCAUCGGCUACGACACGAUAAAAAACGCGCCGCCCGAGGCCGGGAAGGAGGCGCGUGCUGCGAAUUUGGCCGCGCUCUUCGGCGGCGACCUCUCUGUGCCUGCAGCACCGGUUGUUGAGCCGGCGCCGGUCACAACCGCACCGUCCGACGAGGACCUCACGGACGACGAGAUCAAGCGAUAUUCAAGACAUCUAAUACUAGAGAACGUUGGUGUCGAGGGCCAGAAGCGCCUCAAAGCUUCUAAAGUGGCCGUCGUCGGCGCGGGAGGUUUAGGAUCGCCUGCUCUCUUAUACCUCGCAGCCGCCGGUGUGGGUACAUUAACAAUAGUCGACGAUGACACGGUCGAAACCUCAAACCUCCAGCGGCAGAUCGUGCACGACACUGACGAAGUCGGCGAAUACAAAGCCGCGAGCGCCGCGUCGUCUAUACAUAGAGUCAACCUCCUGGUCGAGGUGAAGCAGUUGCGAGAACGUUUAAAUGCAGACAACGCUCAGGAACUACUAAAAGGCCACGACGUCAUCUUAGAUGGAUGUGAUAAUUUUGACACGAAAUAUGCGGUCGACGACGCGUGUAGAGCAUUGGGCAUCCCCUGCGCCUACGCCGCCAUCCUGCGAUUCGAGGGCCAGGCUUCCACGUUCAACUACCCGCCCGGUGUUGGGCCGACCUAUAGGGACCUGAUGCCGGAGGGGCCGGCGCCGGGCACCGUCCCCUCGUGCGCGGAGGGCGGCGUUUUAGGUGUAUUACCGGGUGUCCUAGGAUGCAUCCAGGCCACGGAGGUGCUCAAGGUGUUAUUGAAAAGGCCAUCAAGCGAUUGCCUCGCGGGCCGCGUUCUGGUUUAUGAUGCGCUGCGGAUGACGUUCCGCGAAAUUCCGUUGGUGAAAGGCGCGGCCGAGUGCGCCGCCGCGGAAAAGUCUCUGGAAGAGGAGCCGCUCCCGCCGGACGCGCACACCCCCUUAACGGCCACGGAGUGCGCGGACAAAUUACGGGAGGGCUGGGCGCCCUACGUCUUGGACGUGCGGUUGCCGCAAGAAGCCGAGAUCUGCCAGCUGCCCUUCGCCGACGCGCUCUGUCCGCAUAGGAAUAUCAAGGCGGCGGCGGACGGGCUGCCCCGCGACGUCGACCUGCUGGUGCACUGCAAGUCGGGCUUUCGGUCGCGCGCGGCGUGCCGCGACCUCGCAUCGCUGGGCUUCGACCGGCUCUACAACAUGGAGGGGGGCAUCCUGGCCUGGGCGAGGGACGUCGACCCGCGGCUCCCGACCUACUAAGCUCCUUGUUAUCAUA